AUGUCCUCAGACGCUGCCUCAGUCUCGGGCCGCUACAAACUCGUUUUCUUCGUCCCACAUUCCCAUCUCGAUGCAUGUAAAGAGGCCAUCUUUGAGACCGGGGCAGGGACCUUCCCGGGCGGCAAAUACACCAAGUGCUGCUUCCAGAUGCCGGGUCAAGGUCAAUUCCUGCCGUCUGAUGAGGCUAAUCCUGCGAUCGGAGCUGCAGGAGCACUAGAGACGGUGGAGGAGAUGAAGGUCGAAGUGAUGUGUUUCGGUCGGACCAUCAUGUUGCAGGCGGUGGAUGUGCUGAUCAAGGCGCAUCCGUAUGAGGAGGUCGCUUAUGAGGUCUAUAAACUUGAGGAUGUGUGA